UGCGGUGCAAGACGGGCUCGGGCUCGGUGCGCCCAAAUGUGUUGGCUUAUGAAGACUGGGUCGAUGAACCGCUGCGUAAAGUGUCCUUCCUAGACCGCUCGACAGCUCAAAACCUGAAAAAUCCCAUCGAGCAGCGAAACAGUUCGCCGACGGACGCAACCAAACGCGUUGGCACCCGAUGAGGGUGGAGAGGGCAGAGCUGGCGAAACUGAUUGGUUUUCGAUUUUAACGAAGAGCCGCCUUAUUUGACUCAGAACCGACUCAGCUUUUUCCCAAGAGAGAAAAGCAAGUUUGUGUGCGAGAACGCUGUCACCAGUGGUGGGGGGACUGACUGGGUGGACACUGGUGCACGGAGGGGGUGGUGUUUGUUUGGUAGGGGGGGUAACAAUCUGCGCGAACCUGGCCCUUUAAAUUACCUCCACAAUCACUGUAGACGAGACAAGCGAAGUUGCCUGCAGGUCCCUGAGCCAACUUUAGUCUCCAGCCUCUCCAUCAUCCAGAAUUUUCUCCUUUUAUUCGGCACGAUAACCGAUGGCAGAGAAUGUCGACGACUAAUAACAUAGCCCAGGCCAGGAAGUUGGUGGAGCAGCUGAGGAUCGAGGCAGGCAUCGAACGUAUCAAGGUGUCUAAGGCUGCUGCAGACCUCAUGAGCUACUGUGAGCAGCAUGCCCGCAGUGACCCUCUGCUGGUGGGGGUUCCCACCUCAGAGAAUCCUUUCAAAGACAAGAAGCCUUGCAUCAUUCUAUAGCUACUCUGUCUAGGCCAGCUAUCCCAGUCCCUCUUUAACCGCUGCCCAUCCCCAGUCAAUGGGCAAUUCAGUCCAACACUUCUUUUUACCUGGGAUCCACAGUAUUCUCCAGAAAAUAAACGCCACACUCUCUCGGUAAAAAACAAAAAGGGGCAAUAUCGGAAUACCUAGCGUCAUGUAGCCCGGCGUUGAGUGAAUCUAUAUGAAUGAAUCUGCACAGCGCGGCUGUCUAAAUUCAUGCAUAUAGAUGUACUUAACAGGAGGUGGCAGAUUUCGAAUUUGGAAACUAUUUCAAAAGAUCACACAGAGACUGAGAGAUACUCCAGCAUGUUUUUCAGUGCAGCGGCUGACCUUGUUACCAUAGGUGAUGGUGGAGAGUAGAUGAAGACAGUCAUGAUUAUGCUGACUGACUAGCUGGCUAGCCCAGUCACACUGUGGUAAACGCUUGUUCAGUAUUAACCCUGCAUUGUUACGUCGAAUCUGCAAGCUAAAGGUUCAUUUUAGAUUUGUAUGGCCAAAAUUGAAUCCAGGUAUGCUUAGUUUAUCAAAACAAACAGCACAUUUCAUGUUUUACAAAGGGAUUCAAGACAUUAACCAGAGUUGCCAAUAUUUUUACAUUUUUAUUUCUCAGUCCGUUUGUGAGCUGUAGUUUUUCUUUACAUUGAUAAAAACUCAUUAGGCUUAAUGCUUUGUUUUUUUUUUUUUUGUUUUUUUUUUUCUAGUGUUUAUACUAUAUUUCAAAAUCCUCAAACACUAAGUUAUAAAGGAAUAAUUUUAUAUAAUGCAGAAAAUAUAUUUACCUAAUAAUAUCCUUCCCAGUCCCCUCCUAAAGUGCAGUUCUAUAUAAAUUAGAAAUAUAAAAAACAGCAUUUGUGGUCAAAUAUAACUGAAGGCCAAAAUUUGGUAUCAAAUAAUACUAGCAGAGGCUUGGACGUGCCCCAUAAAAUUUAGAAAGUCGAAGCCCCUGCAAAGGCCAACUUCUUUUUUUUCUCUGAAACCAAACUUGAUUGUAAAAUCCAUAUAGAAGGAAAAAAAAAAUGUAUAAACUUUCUUUUGGAUAUGUUCAGAGGUGUUAACUUUGAGAAUAGCUGUUUGGAUUUGUUUGUUCCAAUUUCUUCUUUCUAUGGAAACAUGGAAUCUGGUCAUUGAGUAUGAUACUGUACAGUGUUUGAUAACUAAAGCGCAUUCAUUUUUUUUGUGGAUGUUUUAUCUUUUUGUAAUCUUUGUGUAAGAUUUCCGUUUCUUCCAUCAUUCAUAUUUAACCAUUCGGUUUGUCCUCUUUAAGGCGAGGCAAAAGAUGCGAGCGACGGAAUUGACGGACAGCUCCAGUGCUUGUACAUGUGAUAGUAAAUAGGUUACCUGCUCCCUGCGAGGGAAUGUGGAAUGGAUUGUUGACACAAUGCCCACACAAGGUGCUUAAGGCGUUGUUCGAGGCACCUUUCACAAGGUGGUCCGUGUUGUUAAGUCUAAAGAGCAAGAUGUGCAGUGUUAUGCAACAGGCCAUCGGGUUUGGCUCAGUCACAUGCAAAAGAUGAGGGGCAAGGUCAACCCACAACUCUGAAUGUCUACUGUGCACCCAGCACAUGAUGCACAAUCUUCUGGAGUGACGGUUUUGUGUGUGACAGUCCUCAAACAGUCACUCUCAGUAUUCAGCUAAGUGCUAAAAACAGAAUUCCCCCAUUGUCCCGCUUCAAAUGCUGGAAAAUAACAACAUAGUGCAGGAAAUCGGGGCUCGUAGUGGGACAGAGGGGGCCUUUGCUCCUCUCAGCCCACGGGAUGCUGUCAUCAGCUCCUGUAUUCAGAAUGACUAAGGCGUGUGGAGGUCACGAGUGCUGUGACUCAUCAACGGAAUCACGCUGCUGCCCAUCAGUGGACAGAGCUGCUCCAGCGACAUCACUUCCUGUUAAGCCUGAGCAGAGCAGUGUAGUGGCUUAUGCAUUUCAGAUAACUGGAGAAAGACAGACACUUCAGGAGACAAAGAACCGUAUUACAUAAAGAUGAAGGAUUAUAAAUGAACGAUAAAUAACGAUGUUAUUGCAAGCAGUCCACAUUAGGAUGAAGCCUUUCUGGACACGUGCAAAGUGCUCAAAUGCGCCAAGCUAGUUUUAAAAUAAAGCUAGCACUCGACCAGCCACCAACCAAACUUGCUGUACCACGUUUGAUGGUAUUACACUGGAGCAAACACUGUGAAAGUCAGCUGAGCUAAGUUAGCUUGAGUUCUCCACCCUCUUGACUCACGGUGUUGGGAUACACUGUGCUCCAAUGUAUAGCGUUUACCUUAAGUAUGCUAACAACUCCCCCGCACUUAGGUUUAAUAUCAUUUCGCGGCAUUUCUACGUUGUGAGACCUGUUAGGACGAGGACGAAUUUGCGUUGCGUGCAGCGAGAACAUUUAAGGUGCUGAGGAGGCCGUGAUACCUUAACCUCAAUUCCUCGUUCCCCAAACGUCGUUCGACUUCACACACCAUCGAGCUCUUUCAUGACCAUGAGAGGUGAGAUUUAGGCUUUGUGUGGGUAAUAUCUGUAGCUGAGUCCUUAGCCAGUAGAUUUCAAUCUCAGCCUGUCCCAUUACUUUGUGUUUUUUCCUGUGUAUGCAUAUGUAUCUUUCUGCCUUGAUUAUGAAGAAAUAUAUCUAUUUUUUGUAAUUGUUCUUCUCGGAUGUGCCAUAAAUCAUGUUUUCUUGCACACUGUUAAUAUUUUGUGGAUAUUGCUGUUUAAAAAUGAUGAUAUCGGAAAAAGUAGAUGAAAUAAAAUAAAGACAAAAUGUUACUCUGCA